GAUUACAAUCGAGUCGUGCUUGAGAAGCUGCCCGGACAGCCCGACUCUGACUACAUCAAUGCUUCGUACGUCGAUGUGAUGUGCGUGCAGUACUGGCCGGCUGCCAAGGGCCACGAGGAGGUGUACGGAGGCAUCGGGGUCACCGUUGUGCACGAAGAGCAGCUGGCGAAUUUCCUCAUCAGGACCAUCAGGCUGAGGAAGGACAAUUCGGUGACCGGACCGCGGUUUGGUGGACUGGGGAUUGGCGAGGCCAAGAACUGCCCUGGCUGGCGGUUAGACCGACCAGCGCUUGACAACCUGCGGGAAAGGGUGAUGAAGCAGUUUCACUUCACUGAAUGGACGUGUCACUCGUGUCCAUUCCCAAGUGCCCUGCUGGAAUACAGACGAAGGAUCCGACACUAUGUCAAGUUCUUAGGUGUUAGUCAAGCUGGAACUGGAGAAGGGAACACAGGCCCGGGUGCAGCAAACAACAGGAAGCCGUCUGUUGCUUCCGCAGCGGGUUCACCAGAGCACAACAGCUUGUUGAAACCCGGCACUGCAGCAUCGGGAUCAUCCUUGCAACUUGCGCAAUCUUCGCAAAAAUCUGGGUCCACGCAAAAUUUGCUCCCGCCCCCGAAUGCGUCCGGAAGAAGGUUGAGUUCCGUCGCUGCUUCUCAAGUUUACGUGCCGGGACCCGCUGAGGAACUCACUGGACCUUUGAUUGUUCAUUGCAAUGAUGGAGCUGGUAGAAGUGGAGUGUUUUUGGCGAUUGACGCCAACUUGUGUUUGUCGGAAGAAGACGGUGUUUUCUGCAUCUAUCCUUAUUUGAAAAAGAUGAAAAUGGCGAGAAAGGGACUAGUGGAAAGCAUGGACCAGUAUAAAUUCAUCUACGAUGCCUUGGAGGAAAGUGUGAUAUGCAAAAAGACCUGGUUCCCCGUGUGCGAGUUGAGUCAGCGUUUGAAAACCAUGUCGAUGAGAGACCCCAGGUCCAAGAUGAACGAAUAUCAAGAGCAAUUCUUGAGAAUUUCCAAGCUGGCCGCCAAGUUCUCCAUCGGUGAUUGCGCCGGUGGGCACAGACCUGAGAACAGGGAAAAGAAUCGAGAUGUGAUUAUUGUACCGCGGCUAUACGCGGCCGCGAGAGUACAUUGUAACGGAGUGGCCGAUCGUGUCGACGGUGGCCGAUUUCUGGUCGCUCGUGUACGAAUUGACCAGCGGAUAAUUACCGGCCUUACCUCACGUCAUUCCAAGGAAACGCUUGCACCGAUUACAUCAACGCAGUCUUCGUCGACACCAGCGAGCACAUGCUCUACGAAGGAGCCGCCGUUGUGGUGCUCUGCCAUCCUGAAGUGUCCUCGGUACGUUAAAAGUUACCCGUCGAGCAGGCAAUCUGGGUUAUUGUACGAGAAUAAUCCACGAGAGGUUAUGAUGUGUCCACACGUGAAUGCGACCUUGGAUAUUUCUAGAGGUUACACGAGGCCGAAAGAAUACGUAGUGACUGAAUGGCCGGUGAAGGAGAACGUGGUGCCCGACUUCUGGUCCCUGGUUUACGACCACGACUGCCCGGCCAUCGUGGUUCUUUGCACUCCGGAACGAUCCCCGGAUGAAAACUUCAACUACGGGGAAGAUGAUGAUGUUGAUGAUGUCCCAGUUCAAGGAUUGGCCUUUUUCCGAACGAAUCGGAUGGGAAAGCUUUUUUGGUGUCGACCUUAUUCGAACGUCAUUUGGUCAGCAGUCGAGUCUCGUUAUGUGCUUCAGGCCUUAUUUGAAUCACUUUUGUAUCAGAUAUCGCGUGAAUAUUCUCAUUGGUGUAGGAAGUCGUCCAGGUCCCGGAAAUAUGGCAACGUUUUCACCUUGGAUAUGAUUAGCAAACAAGAUUAUCCCAAUAUUCGUUCUUGGAUUUUUCGCAUCAACAAAAAGAUUGUGUCGCUGACAGAACUGAUGGCUGGAGUGAAAGCAGAGCCCAAGACUUGUCAGCUUUUCCAGCUCACUUGCUGGCCCGAGGGUCACAAAGUUCCGCUGUCGACGAAUUCCCUGGUGGAACUCAUGAACAUGGUGGAACGGUGGAGAGCCAAGACAGACUACGGACCAGUCGUUGUAGUUUCUCACGACGGAUGUGCCAGGUGUGGAGUUUACUGUGCAGCCAAUGCAUGCAUCGAGCAGGUGAUUCAGCACGGGGAAGUGGACGUGUUUCAGGCGGUCAAGACUGUGAGACGUCACAGACCGCAUCUGGUUCAAAAUAUGACCGAGUACAAGUACUGCUAUGACCUGGUUCUGCAUUACGUGCUGCAUUAUUUGCACAGAACUUAGCCGAUUUUGGAGGGAUUUCCACAAAAAGAAAAAGAGCUGCUGAUGAAUGCGCAGAAAAGACGACGGGAAGGAGACUGCUUAUAUUCUCUGCUGGAGUUCCUCAUUCCUCAUCGCAAUCAUGAUUUCGGGAUGUCCCUUUAUUCAUGGUUCUGCUGGUUGUCGUUGUUGCUGAGUUAUUUUUUCGUGGUGGAAUUCAGCCUGGCGGGAUUUUUUAUGGUUUUGAUUCGAAUUUGCUUGAAACUUUGACUGACUCAACUGCUGUGAUUAUGACGAAGGCAGAAGUUUGGUCACAAAGAUAUUUUCUAUUCCUUUGACGUAUAUUGGGCGGAAAAAAAGAUUUGGAAGAGAAUAAUCUCUUGACGACGAUGCAUUGGUUACCCAGCAAUUUUAUAGGCAUCAAAGUUCAACCCUAAUGCUGGAACUAUACACAAGGCGAAAGAAGUGAAAUAUCUCCUAGUCCUUCGGUUAGAUUUGCGAUUUCACCCUUGUUGUGAAAUGGAAAUUUAUUGUCAUUUUUCUGGAAUUUUGGAUGCUGCCGAUGGUGUAAGAUUUGAAUGCAGUACCCUGGAUUUUGUCAAAUUAUUGUAGCUCGCGAAGUGUCCUCUUCUUGAAAUGGUGGGCUCUGAAACAAAAUUACUGCAACUUCAAAUAGUUGUUUUGUCAAAUUUCCAAAUUUUUCUCAAGUUUUUAUACCUACGUGAUUAGUUUCUUCCAUAUAUAGUGUGUCAUAAAAUUACCAAAAAUAUGAUGAAUGCCCUUCUUGCUCUUUAUAAGAAUUACAACCCUGUCAUUCAUAACCAACGCAUUGCUUAUUUCGCAACUCAACGGGAAAAUUGUAAAUUCUUGACAUUGGAAACAUAAUUUUUUAUCCUGUAAUAUAACACAGUAUUUAAUACUGUAGUAUACUUCCAGCUGUUAACCUUUUUUUAUUGCUCAUAAUCCUCAUGUGUAUAGAAAAUUUUAAAUCAACAGUUGUCGUGUUAAUUUUUAGAAUUAAUUAUUCAGAUGAUCUGGCGCAGAAAAACAUAUGCUUGACGUGUAUUAUUAUCAACACAUUUCUGCUGGUUCAGCAAUAUAACUGUACAACUUAGUCUUGAAACAGGGUAAUUUACACGCGUCUUCUAUUCAAUAAAAUAUUUCAUCAAUUAUCUUAAAUUUUUGAUGUCUUAUACUUAUAGAGAUUAAUAUCGUAUUGUGAAAGAAGUGUGGUAAAAUGGAUAAUUAAUGGGAGUAUAAAAGCCUCAAAAUUAAUAGGAAUGCUUGGUACAGUAUAUUUUUGCCUCGCACAUUUGAAGGAAUUGGACGCUUCAGCAUUCUACAGUUUUAUUGUGUUCGAAUAUUGGAAAAUUCUGAAUUUCACUUGUAUUUUAGCCAGCUUGGAAUGAACGCAUGACUUGGAAACGGAA